UUGUCAAUCAAAUUACAUUGCUCUCGGUGAUGAUAAAUGUAUAGCACUUAUAGAUGAAUAUUGUGAUUCAGACGAAGAAUGUAUUUCAUAUAAUACUGUUUGUAUCAAUAAUAAAUGCCAAUGUGCAAAUAAAUUUGUCAUGAGAACCAAAUAUCAAUGUGACCGUAUGUCGCUUGGUAGAAUGUGUCACAAGGAUGAUGAUUGUUAUGUCGGAAUAAAAAAUACCGUAUGUUCAAUCGAUAAUACCUGUGUUUGUCGAGACAAUUACUAUGCAUUGAACAGAUUUGAAUGUGUCCCUUUUUUAGAUGGACAUUGUUUGAAUAAUGGCGAAUGUCGAUUCAAUUCUUCUAUCUGUGUUGAAAAUAAAUGUCAAUGCAAACAUAACUUUCAAUCUGUUUCUGCAAGUCAGUGCAAACCAAUUGACUACUUGUAUGUAUGCAAUGAAGAUUUAGAUUGCGGUGAUCCAUGGCAUAAUAAAUGUUGUCCAGACAAGAAAUGUCGAUGCAAUUCAAACAAUAUUUCAAUUAAUCAAUCGACAUGCUUGCCACUUUUAAAAGGUUAUUGCUGGAAAGAUAGCCAAUGCUUCGUUCCCAAUUCAGCUUGUAUCGAUUUUCAGUGUAAAUGCAAACAGAAUUUCAUAGCUGUAUCCGGUAAUCUAUGCUUACCAGUGUAACGUAUGACCCUAUCGACAAGCUUAUUCUUAUCAUCACUAUGGCUUUUCCUAUGGACCACGAAGCGGCUGCUGGUAAAUAGUCAUUGAAUUGUCAUUUUAACAUUUCCAUUAUAGUUUGUAAACGGUUUUAAUAAAAAAUAGG